AAAAAUCUGGUUCAGACCGUUUUGUGGUGGCCACCACUCAAACUUGUUCAUUCUCUCUUUGGUAGCACCACAAAUCACCAAUCUAAACUAAUACAAACCCUGCCUUUAUACCAUCUCAAAACACCACAAAAACAACACUCCAAAAACACCUCACCAACUAAAAUAAAAAUUAAACAAGAAAAAGUAACAUAAAAUCCUACAUUACUCACAUGGAUCUUGUUUUCACACUUGUUCUUGUUUUCUCAUCACUCUCCAAAGGUGUUCUUGGAGCAACAUUUACAUUCAACAACAAAUGUGCUUAUACAGUCUGGCCAGGCAUAUUAGCCAAUGCAGGAAGCCCAUCUCUUGACACAACCGGUUUCGAACUCUUGACACAAAGUUCCCGGUCAUUCCAAGCUCCAACCGGUUGGUCCGGUCGCUUCUGGGGUCGAACCGGUUGCAAAUUUGACAGAUCCGGUUCUGGGUCAUGUCAAACCGGCGACUGCGGUUCGGGACAAGUAGAAUGCAACGGCGCCGGAGCAGCGCCGCCGGCAACACUGGCUGAGUUCACACUUGGAACCGGUGGGUCAGACUUUUAUGAUGUGAGUUUGGUUGAUGGAUAUAAUAUAGCUAUGAUUGUUGAAGUUUCGGGCGGGUCGGGUUUAUGUGCGACAACCGGGUGUGUGAAUGAUUUGAACCAGCAGUGUCCUAGUGAGUUACGGGUCGGGUCGGGGAUAGGGUGUAAGAGCGCGUGUGAAGCGUUUGGGAGCCCUGAAUAUUGUUGUAGCGGCGCGUAUAACACACCCGCCACUUGUAAACCGUCGGUGUAUUCAGAGAUGUUUAAGUCAUUGUGUCCAAGAUCAUAUAGCUAUGCUUAUGAUGAUCCAACUAGUACCUUCACGUGUGCUGGUGCGGAUUAUACGGUGACGUUUUGUCCUUCAAUGCCAAGCCAAAAAUCUUCAAGGGACAUAUCACCUCCGGCAACCAGCACCACACCCGAUGGCGACACUAAUGCCACCCCAAAUGGCGACACUAAUGCCACCCCUAGUGGUGGCGACCAGCAGAUUUCCGGGUCUGGUUCUGAAUCUGGAUAUGGGUAUGGUUCGUUGUCUGGAUCUAGUACCGGGUCAGGUUCAGAAGAAUCACAAACCGGAUCGGGUUCGGUAUACAGGUCCGGUUCAGGAUCCGGAUCGGGAUCCGAAGCACUUGAGGCAAAUGGGUCAUGGUUAGCUGGGUUAGCAAUGGGUGGUUCAUCAAGGACCCAGCCUUUUGGUGCCACUAUCUCUUUUAUCAUUAUCAUGUUCUUUUUAUUAAGUUAGUCGUAUUCUCUUAAAAGCUGGAAAUUUAUAAGUCCUAGAAAAUGUACAAGUUUCAUUGCAUGAUGCACAAGUUAAUACAAGUAUUUUAGCUUCGGGAUAA